AUGAUGAUGAUGAUGAUGAUGUCGGUGAUGAUGAUGAUGAUGAAGAUUGAUGAUGGUGAUGAUGAUGAUGAUGAUGAGAAUGAUGAUGAUGCUGAUGAUGAUAAUGGUAAUGAUGACGACGAUGAUGAAGACGGUAAAGAUAAUAAUAAUAAUAAUGAUGAUUAUGACAAUAAUGGUGACUACAACGACAACAAUGAACAAGAUGAUGACGAUGACAAUGUCGAAUUAUUGAAUAAAGUUGUAUAA